GCAAGAAGUGGGGGAGUGGUGGGAGAGAGAGAGAGAGCGAGAGAGAGGAAGCAAAAAAGAGAGUGAAAGGCUCCACACGGCAGAAUAUAAAUCUGUAUGUUAACAGGACCAAAGCUUGAGGUCUCGAAGCGGCUUUAGUGGUUAUGCUGGUGGGGGGUGGCCAUAAAGCAUCACGAUGGUCUUCCCUAUUAACUGAGGAUCUGUGCAGAUAAAGAAGUGGAACCCGUGGGAGCUCUGAACAGCGAUUGUCAAGCACAGUGGUGGGCUGGUCGGAGGUCUCUGACCCCCUCAUUUUUAUUUCUGGAAGAAAAAAGAAGAGCAAAAAAGACACGAGAGAAAAAGGAAGGUGACAGCGAGGGACCAGUGAGCCAUUUCUCUCUUUAUUACUUCCAUUCACAAAACCAUUGCAUCACAUUAUCACAGCGAUGUAGAGUCAUUCUCUCCGGUUAGAGGAAGGGUCCCAUUGACUGCUGAGGCUUAGCACCUCUCUCCAAACGCUAGCCCUUUUGAUUGCGGUCCCUCCCCCCCCAUCUCUCGUCUAUAUCCUCUACGCCCGCUAUUUUCUCUGUUCUUCUUUCUUUUCUUGUCCCUUGAAUGCUUGUCCUUUUCACACCACUCAGGAAUCAGGAGGCAUUGCGUUUUGGUAGAAGUGGGUGUUUCUGGAGCUGUCAUUGUGUUUGGUGCCGCUACAAAGGACAGCUGAGCAGGGAGUGAGAGACAGCUUUGGAGAUAAUAAAAUAGCAUCCUGAAGAAAAGGGGGGGGGGGGGACCUGGCACUACAGGAACAGCUGACAACCAAUGGAAGGGGAAUUGCAGAGACUGAGAACCAUUUAGGGUAGCUAUUUAUUGAGACCAUUACCACUUCUUGAGAAAAUAAAGAAGCAGUGUGCCAAAGCAACACUGCCGGUGGGAUCCUGCUAUUGCAGUUGCUAAGCAAAGUCUUUCACCUGAAGUUCUUGGGCAGACAGUAUUUAUCAUCACUCUACAGCCAUGAAAGGAAGCUCAGAGGAAAGCAUUGAAAGCAACAGGCCCUCCAACCUGCAAGCUUUUGCUAACGUAUCAACCUUACAUGGCAUGAGUCACAUAUUUGCCUAUGGGCACAUGGCUUUCCGUCGGUUUCUUUGGAGUAUAUCCUUUCUUGGUUCACUAAGCUUAUUGAUGCUGGCCUGCAGGGAUCGAGUGUCAUAUUACCUGGAGUAUCCUCAUGUUACCAAGCUGGACGAGGUGGUGGCGACGAACCUCACCUUCCCAGCUGUUACCUUCUGUAACCUCAAUGAGUUCCGCUUCUCCAAAAUCACCAGAAAUGACCUGUAUCAUGUGGGAGAGCUCCUGGCCCUCCUCAAUAAUAACUAUCAAAUAACCAACCCACACUUGGCUGAGCCCGAGGUUCUGGCUGCCCUUAAGGAUAAGGCAAACUUUCAGAACUUCAAGCCCAAACUGUUCAACAUGACUGAUUUCUAUAACCGUACAGGUCAUGACAUCAGCGACAUGCUACUUACAUGCACCUUUCGAGGAGAGGAUUGCUACCCUGUGGACUUCACCACAAUAUACACACGCUACGGAAAAUGCUACACAUUCAACUCUGGAUUAGACGGCAACCCUUUGUUGACCACGUUAAAAGGUGGCACAGGGAACGGCUUGGAGAUCAUGUUGGAUAUUCAGCAGGAUGAAUAUCUGCCUGUUUGGGGAGAGACAGAUGAAACCUCCUACGAAGCAGGCAUCAAGGUUCAGAUCCACAGCCAGGACGAGCCUCCCUUCAUUGACCAACUGGGAUUUGGUGUGGCCCCUGGUUUCCAAACUUUUGUGUCAUGUCAGCAGCAACUGCUUCAGUACCUCCCUCCGCCUUGGGGAGAUUGCAAGUCUACUCCCAUAGACUCUGAAUACUUCUCCACGUACAGCAUCACCGCCUGCCGCAUUGACUGUGAAACCCGGUACCUGCUGGAGAACUGCAACUGCAGGAUGGUUCACAUGCCUGGGACCUCAACAGUUUGCACGCCUGAGCAGUACAAAGACUGUGCUGACCCAGCUUUAGACUUUUUGGUAGAGAAAGACAACGAUUACUGUGUCUGUCAGACUCCCUGCAACAUGACUCGCUAUGGCAAGGAGCUGUCCAUGGUUAAGAUCCCCAGUAAGGCAUCUGCUAAAUAUCUGGCUAAGAAAUUCAACAAAACUGAGCAAUAUAUUGGAGAAAAUAUAUUGGUUAUGGACAUCUUCUUUGAAGCUCUGAAUUAUGAGAAGAUUGAGCAGAAGAAGGCCUAUGAAAUUGCAGGGCUUCUGGGUGACAUUGGAGGACAGAUGGGGCUGUUUAUCGGAGCCAGUGUCUUAACAAUCCUGGAAAUAUUUGACUACCUGUAUGAGGUGUUUAAGGAUAAGGUGUUGGGCUACUUCAUACGUAAGAAACGACCACAGCGUUGUCAGAGCGACAAUCUGGUGUUUCCAGAGAACCCAACCAGCCCUGGUGUCACGCCUAAUCAUGCCCCCAGAGCACCUGUGACACCCUCCGGAGUCACUCGGACAGUCUCGGAUUCACGCCGAACAUGUUACCUCGUCACCCGACUCUAGGCAACUUCGAAGAGUUUGCUUGUUGACAACAUAAAGUAGGGGUUGGGGGUGGGGUGGCACAUCUGGGGACUUGACAGCAAACUGUGAAAUAAUUUAUGUAUUUAUUGGUUCAGUGUAUAACUCAAAAACAUAUACAUGUAAUAGAGUUUAUCGAUGCCUGAAUAGAAAUAGAGUACUAUCAUCAGAAAAAAAGAGACCACUUUCAAAACAGAACUCAGGUUUAACUGCCAUGUCAGGGCAUCAGUGUUAAUUUAUUCAUGUUUCAUUUCGUGGAUUUGUUUUUCUUAUGCAAUCACUUUAGAGUUAUUAACAGUCCGGGACGAGAAAUGGGUCCAAAAAAAGCUUCCGACCUGUGAUGAGAUGUAGUAGUGUUGCAGAGGUUUUGCUGUACAUCAAUUAUAAAAAAAGAGAGAAUACAUGUGGAUUGGUAUGUGUAGCAUUGCAGUUUCUCAACAGUGUUACGUCUCCGGCAUCUAACCAAUGCUGGAUUGAGUGACCUUAUACUGUCGCCAGUUUGAACAGGAGAGCCUUUUCGGAAAUCUGAUCAACUUCUAAAGCUGAUUGUUGGAUUAAACAAGCUGAUCAUACUCGAAUCAAAACACUAGACUGGUGUUUAUUGUUGCCUUUUGCUACUGUGAGGGUUUGGAUUGUCUCAUAAAUUAGACGACAAUUUCAAAAAGGAACUUGAUUAUUUGUAUAUAUGCAAGUAUCUAGUUUUGAUUCACGUGGAUGGUGUUAACUACCGAAUUGGAUUUGUUUAUUAACUUAAGUCACUUUUUACGCAUAGUAAUGGUAAAAAAAGGCCAUGAUUGUAUCUUUAUUGAGCUGACGUUUCAAUCUUCAUUGUUUUCCAAUUUUGUGAGAUAGUGUUGCCAUGCUGACUGUCACAAAGCAAAUGCUAGCAUGCAGCUUGCUGCAACAAUUUUCCCUUGUUUAUUUACAUUGGAUUCACUAGAAGAGAAACAAUCAGGUUUUCCUUUUUGCCUUUUUUAACAGUUCUUCAGUAACAAUUCUUUUUUUCAUUACUGUGUCUUAAAGGUGUUCAUCAGCACAAUUCCUGUGAUAGUAGUCUAUUCUCUAUUGAACAUAUGUAGACUUUAAAAAGCUUGUUGGUGACAUUCCUAAACUUGAGAAAAAUGUGUAAAUACAAAUUAAAUCAAAUGCCAUAAAGAAAUUCUA